UCUUUGAUGUAGGGUUUCUAAUGGAAUGGUCAUUUCCUAGUUAGGAAGCUCCAGUUCUAGUUCUAGAACUGCUCCAGUUCUAGUUCUUUGAGCAUCAAUGAACUAGUGACCACCGGUACUAAAACCUGAUGAGGUAAAAAGCAUUCUGAACGUAAUUACUAUUACUAUUACCAAGGACGAGGUGACCCUUCGAAAAGACGGAUAUGGGAAAAUGACCAUAGAAAGAGAAAGAUGCCCUGCAGAAUGGUAAAAUCGAUGAGGUCAAAAGCAAAACUUUAACCAACCAGUAAAAAAGCUCCGAUAAUUCUAGAUGGGUAUUUAAACAACAACGGUAAGGGUUUUUCACAUUUCAGUUUGCGCGGUUUAGCAAAAUUCAAAAACCCAGAAAAACCAUUUCUGAUCAUCAUGGCGGAGACCGAACCGGAAACCCAGAAACCCCAAGAAACCCGAAAGAGGGGAGAUUGGUCCCUGACGGACUUCGAGAUCGGAAAACCGCUGGGCAGAGGCAAAUUCGGGCGGGUCUACGUCGCCCGAGAAGUCAAGAGCCAAUACGUCGUGGCACUGAAGGUUCUGUUCAAGAAGCAGAUAAAGAAGUACAACAUUCACCACCAGCUGAAGAGAGAGAUGGAGAUUCAGACGAGUCUGAGGCACCCCAACAUUCUUCGUCUCUAUGGUUGGUUCCAUGAUGAUGAGCGCAUCGUCUUGAUUCUUGAGUACGCUCAUGGCGGUGAGCUUUAUGGCCUUUUGAGGGAUUGUACCUACUUUACUGAGAAACGAGCCGCGACUUAUAUAUUGAGCUUAGCGCAAGCUUUGGCCUAUUGUCAUGAGAAGGAUGUGAUUCAUAGGGACAUAAAGCCUGAAAACUUGUUGCUUGAUCAUGAGGGUCGAUUGAAAAUUGCAGACUUUGGAUGGUCUGUGCAGUCAAAGAAUAAGAGACGCACCAUGUGUGGAACUCUGGAUUACUUAGCCCCAGAACUGGUGGAGAAUAAAGCUCAUGACUACGCAGUCGAUAACUGGACUUUGGGCAUUCUUUGCUAUGAGUUUCUCUUUGGCGUUCCUCCCUUUGAGGCUGAAAGUCAAAAAGAUACAUUUCAAAGGAUAGUGAAGGUUGACCUGAGCUUCCCUGCAACACCUCAAGUUUCUUCUGAAGCCAGAGACCUCAUUACCAAGCUUCUCGUGAAGGACAUCUCAAAGAGGCUCUCUCUUCAGAAGAUCAUGGAACACCCAUGGAUAGUUAAGAAUGCAGAUCCUACUGGUAUCUGCAAUAACUAGCUUUCUCUAACUAUGAUCCUUCUCGACCCUAUCUCUGAAGAGUUUUAAGCUACGAUUCACGUCUUAUGGUGUAUAUCUUGGUCUAUGUCAUGAACACCAAGAAGCAGCUAGUUUUCUAUUAUGGUCACCUACUUUGAGGGUUCAGGUAUCAUUUUCAUGCCAAGAAGGCAAGAACAGCUUGUAUAUAUAGCUAGUGACACUACCUUUUGUGACUAUCGAUUCUGGGUUAUGUAGAACUUAAGAGAACUUUAAUUUGUAGAAGCAUGGAAAUCUCUAAAAUGUUAGAGCUAGCAAUUAGCCCCUUCUAGUGUUCUAGAAAGAUAUAACUUGCUUGGCUGUUGGUGACAUUUAUAAUAGGGGUUCCAAACCACCAUCAAUCCUUCUAAGAAAGAAAUC